AUGAGCGGUGGUUCCUUGCUGCGGCUGUUUCAGUCCGAGUACUUCGAUGCCCACUUGCACAUGCACUAUCUCUUGCGCAUGGAGCAAAGCGGCGUCCAGGACUACUUGGUAAAUGAGCUGUACAAGAUGACAGAUGAUGAUGUUGACUUUUACCUGCCGCAGCUGAGCCAAGACAAGACGCCAGAGCUGUACGAGAACGCCAUGGCCAUGCUAAACCUUUGUGAAGCUGCAAUGGUAAACUCAACAGUGGCCGUUGGAAAAACAGAUGAGGUGGCCGAUGGGCCCCCGCGGGUCCAGCGCAUGCUGAGGUCGAGCUCAGAUCCAAAUCUGCAGUCAAAUCGGGCUCCAUCAGAGGGGCGGGCGCUGAAGUCCAAGCCGCGCGUCCGAAGAAGCAGGACGCCAGGAGCCCCCAUCCAGUCCCGGGAGCGCCGGCACACGGAGGAGAGCGUGCCCCCGACGCCAACUGACGAAGGGGGGGAGUUGCAGAGUGGGGAGGCCAGAUUCCAUCCACCCCCUCGCCGUCAGGUCUCAGAGGAUAGCUCCUUGACGGAGGAUGAUGUGGAAGAGCACGAGGCCGCCACGCCUGUUGACAUGCGGACGUCCUUGCCGGAGGUCGAAGCGCUCAAGGCUGCUGCUGUGCGACACCUCGCCGCGCUGGAGCAAUCCUCCACGGUGGCAGAGCGCGGUCAGGCGCUGGACUUGCCCAGCAGCUGCCCAAAUGCCUACAGGAAUCUGGGGCUGCCAGUUGCCUCGGUCCUCUCCGAGGAGGAGGACGUUUUGGACGACGAGCGGGUGCGGGAAUGUCUCAUGAAGAAAAGGAGGUGUGAGUAUUUCAACAUGCAGAACCAGCUCGUGUCGCUCAUCAUGACCCUCUCAGGGGUUUUAACCUCCUUCGUGGACAAGGCCGAGCGCAAGGACGCUUUGGCCGCCACUUUUUCUGUCUUGAACCGCUGGCUUCUGGAUCGCAGAGUGUGCAUGGCCGCUUUGGCCGAAGGUCCUUUGUUCCUUCUGGGUACCCACAUACCGCUUUGGAGACACCAGGAUAGUCUUCACCAAAUUCUUUACGUCCAUGUAGACCUUUGCCGAAUUUUUACAUCAGCUACGCGUGCGCCCUUCCUUAUGACCUAUGAGUCGGCGAACCUGGAUGAGGUGCUGGAUGAGGAGGCGUCCUCCUCCACCAACGCACACAUCUCCCAUCAAACGUUGCUGCACCAGCCAAUGACUGCUGCUGUGCAGCGCUCCGUAGCAACCAGGCUCACGGGGUGCGUGAUGACAGAGCUGCGGCGCGCUGCCGCUGCCGAAGAGAGCCCCGACCCUGCGGACACUGUGAAUGCAGAGCGGUCUGAUGAGGGUGAUCACCCCUGCAGCUUGCAGGACCUUCAUCACUUCAUCAAGCAGGUCACACCCGACCACUGGCGGUCCUUCAGCUCGCGCAUGCCCAAGGCUCCCGCCAGGGAGGAACCAGAGCUGACGAGCACCGAGGCGGAUCGCAAGCCGCUGAGGGCAGCUGCCAAGCAGCGGCGGGAUCUGGCAGCUCGGACAAGGCAGCAGAUAUGGGGAGAGGCCUGGAAAGACAAAGUCGAGCGAGUACGGGUGGCUUCUCCCUACAGCCGCUAUGCCUCGUGGAGCUUGAACGCGGUGAUGGUCAAAGGAGGCGACGACCUCCGCCAGGAGCUCCUGGCCUCGCAGAUCAUCGAGCAGUUCAGCGCAAUUUUCCAGGAAGCUGGUUUGCCACUUUGGCUGAAGGCCACAAAGGUUCUGGUGACCAGCUCAACAAAUGGCUUUCUCGAGUUUAUCCAGGACUCGAUAUCUGUUGAUGCAAUGAAGAAGCUCUACCCGGGCAAAACUUUAGCAGACAUCUUCAGAGUGGCCUUUGCGGACAGAUUGUUCGAAGCCAAGAAGAACUUCAUCGAAAGUUCGGCAGCUUACUCCCUGGUCGUCUAUUUCUUGCAGGUGAAAGAUCGCCACAAUGGCAACCUUAUGCUGCUGACCAGCGGCCAUGUGGUCCACAUAGACUUCGGGUUCAUGCUCUCCAACUCGCCCGGUGGGAACAUGGCCUUUGAGAACUCGCCUUUCAAGCUGACACAGGAGAUCCUGGAUGUCAUGGAUGGCGAAUGCUCCGAGCAGUACGAGUAUUUUCGUACGUUGCUCAUCCGCGGCUUUCUGGAAGCCCGCAAGCACAUGGAUCGGAUCGUUUUACAGGUGCGAAUGAUGCUUACUGGCUCGAAGAUGCCUUGCUUCCGCGAGGGCGCCGACUUCGUGCUGUCCACAUUGCAAGAUAGGUUCUUCUGCAACCUGACAGAAGAAGCUUGUAUAGAGAAAAUUGUCGAAUUGAUUGACACGUCCGUGAACAAUUGGCGGACGAUCCAAUACGACAAUUAUCAGCGCUUGGUGAAUGGAAUCCUUUGA